UCUAGGAUGCUUUGAGGGAUGCAUGUCUCUCUGUAAUUAAGCUUAUUCAUCGGGAGGCAAAUAGGAUAAUAGAUCAGGUCAUCUUCUACAUGGUAGAGCGUUUAGGAGCAUUUUUGUGGGUUGAUCUAUAUAUAUAUAUAUAUAUAUAUAAAUACCCGGCGCUUUAAUCAUCUCUCUGCUCUCGGGUCUCUCCGAUCCCGUGCCGACGCUUCCGAUCGAUCCCUUCUCCAAUUCCGGUGAGUCCGCCCCCCUCCUCUUUCCCUUCCACUUCCUUCCUCUUCCCCUCGAAGUCAGACUUCGGCCAAAUGUUGCCGCCGAAGCCCCAACCCUAAUCCUCUUCACGCUGGAACCCUAACCCUUAUGAAUAUGCGUGGCCGUCACCCCGACCUUAGUCGUCGCGGCCCAUCGCCUUUGGGGCCCUCCACCGAUGGAGCGAGUUCUUGUGGAUCAGAAUAUGCCAUUGGGAUUGAUCAUAGGGUUAGGGAGGGCGAUGCGGAGGAAACGAACUUCAUCAUUAAAUAUAUUAUCUUCGAAAAGAGGGCCUCGAGACUAUUACAAGGGAAAGAAUUGCAAGCCCACUGGUUUCCACACUCGUAAAGGUGGGUACGUUGUGAUGGAUGAAAAGUUGCCACGUUAUGUGGUCCCGGAUUUGACUGACUUUAAGCUGAAGCCUUAUGUAUCUCAGUGCCCAAGGGAUGCAACUGCGACUUCCACCUCAGCAGACUCGGCAGCGUCUGCUGACACUGCCAACUAAAUAAAUAGGCAUCUAAUGUCUGUGGUUUUUGCCCCUGUUUUGUGGCUGCAUGAUUGCAUAGCAAUAGCAGAUACUCUUGAAUGAGUGGAACUAAAGCCGAAGGCUUGCUUGUCUCUGUAGAAUGAUUCAAGCUCUUAGGCAUCUUUGGGUUUAGGCUUUUGUGUCAUCAACAACAAACUUUGAAGUGCCCUGCAAAAGAUAUUUUUUGAUUGACUAAAAGAGGUUAUGAAUUUUUGAUAGAAUGUAGAAUUGAUAUUCAGAAAGAUACCAUGGUACUUCAAAUCGCCAUACAAUUUCAUACUUUAAAGGGAAAUUACGUUGGU